AUGGCGCAAAAUGGACAGCAGAUGCAAGUUGGACAGGGGGCGCAAGAUGGACAACAAGCGCCAAUUGAAAGACAUGAUACGAAAAUUACACAGGACGAUGCCGAACGUCCGAUAUUUAUCGUUGUCCCUGGGAUAAUGGGGACGGAACUCCUUGUUCGCGAUAAACAUUGGGCUUGGAAUAUUGAAAAAGCUGCCGGCGCGAAAUAUGGGUGGUAUAAAGCCAAGGAAUUGGGAAUCGAGAACAAAUUAACCGUAGGAGAGCUUUUGGAUCAAGGGUUGGAUUACAUCGAAGUUCCCGGCUAUGGCUGGUUCCUUGAACAUUUGUCUGGAUAUGGAGAUGUUUACUACUACGCCUACGACUGGCGCCAUCGCGUCCAAUACCACGUAGCGCCUUGUGCGAAAGGCAUUCUAGCAUUGCGCGAGAGCAAUCCUGCCCGUCGACUAAUUCUUAUUGGGCAUUCAAUGGGAGGACUCAUCUGUAGGAGGGCACUCGCCAUGUACGACGGAGUAGAAGGGGCCAUCGCCAACUUCGUGCCUCUCGGUGUGCCUGUUGGAGGCUCAACCAUGGCCGUAGAGCGGGCUUACAACGGCUUUGGCUGGUGGCUCCCCAAUCGACGCAAGCUUACACAGGUGCUGCAACAGUUUGGCUCCAUCAUGGAUGAUCUGUGGCCUAGAUACCCGUGGUUGCGUGAGCAUGGAAAGACUGGUCUUGUAGACAGGCCACCACCUGACAAGCCAACACGACCUCCUCCUGCGUACGAACUGUCUUAUGCGUGGAAACAAUACGUUUCUCGCCAUCACCAUGGAGUGCAUGUGAAGGGCCAUAAUGUCGAGACAGCCGCGGUACACCUCCACGAACUCGAGGUAGAGGCAGACUUUCGGGCCAAAACGGUGGGAUAUCAUUGUGAUAAGAUCCACACGCCACAUACUAUGGAGGAGAGGUCGAAGUCUACGCAAAAGGUCCUUGGGAGGUACAAGCUUAUGGAGGAUGAGCAUAGAGAUGGUGACGGCACAGUGGUGGCUCACGCGAGCAUUGGCAUACCUACUAAGCACAAGGUGAAGCAUCAGCACUUUGUGGCGGAUGAGAUCAUGGUGAAGGAGAUUGUGGCCCUGGCCCAAGCGCUUUAG